UUCACUAGCUAGUUGCCGAUUCACCGUGUGUUAUUUGUAUAUGUAAUUUAUCUUGAAGUUAAAUUAAAAUUUAUAGUGAAGUGAAAAACUCAUUUAAUGGGAAAUAAUAUUAUUUAAUGCGUAAUUUAUGUGUAGCCCACUUGUUUUUACCUUCAUAGUAUAGUAUUAAUUUAUGUUGGGUUGACAUUUUAAAUAACUAAAUAAUCAUCAUGGCUAACGUUUCUUACCAAAUAGCUCAUUUACUCGAGAAAAUGACUUCGAGUGAUAAAGACUUCCGAUUUAUGGCUACUAAUGAUCUUAUGUCAGAAUUACAAAAAGAUAGUAUUAAACUGGAUGAUGAUUCAGAACGUAAAGUGGUUAAAAUGCUUUUGAGGCUAUUGGAAGACAAAAAUGGAGAAGUACAAAAUCUUGCUGUGAAGUGCUUGGGUCCUCUUGUAAACAAAGUUAAAGAAAAUCAAGUAGAAACCAUUGUUGAUGCUCUUUGUACUAAUAUGAUAUCUGAAAAUGAACAACUAAGAGAUAUUUGUAGUAUUGGAUUAAAAACUGUUAUCAGUGAAUUACCUAUAACCAAUACAUACUUGGCUGCUAAUGUGUGUAGAAGAAUUACAGGCAAACUUACUAGUGCUAUUGAAAAGCAAGAUGUUUCUGUUCAAUUAGAAGCUUUAGACAUACUUGCAGAUCUCUUAUCUAGAUUUGGAUCAUUGUUACUUGAAUUUCAUCAGGCAAUUCUUAAAUCAUUAUUACCACAACUUACUUCAUCAAGGCAAGCUGUGAGAAAAAGAACAAUUGUUGCUCUUGGACAUUUAGUGCUAUCUUGUAAUCAGCAACUGUAUAGUAAACUUAUAGAUUACCUCGUUAAUGACUUGUCUACUAAAGCACCAGCAGCUAGGUCUAAAACAUCAAUUCAAUGUAUAGCAGCUAUAUGUCGACAAGCUGGCCAUCGUUUUGGUGUUCACAUAGAUCGUGUGGUUCCAUUAAUUCAAGCACCAUUAAUUGAAGGCAGUGCUGAAGAUGAUGAGUUACGAGAGUACUGUUUACAGGCUUUUGAUGCAUUUGUUAAUCGUUGCCCUAGUGAAACAGCAGCUUAUACAAAUGAUAUUAUUAAAUUAUGCUUAGAGUAUUUAGCAUAUGAUCCUAACUACAAUUAUGAUGAUAAUGGUGAAAAUGGUGAGGAUAAUUUUAUGGAUACAAAUGAUGGAGAUGAUUUAGAGGAUGAAGAUGAUGAAGAUGACUAUUCUGAUGAUGAUGAUAUGAGUUGGAAAGUUAGACGAGCAGCUGCCAAAUGUUUAGAAGGAAUUAUUGUUACCAGAAAAGAUUUAAUUUCAGAUAUGUACAGAAGUGUUUCUAAGUCAUUAAUACAAAGAUUUAAAGAAAGAGAAGAAAAUGUUAAAAGUGACAUAUUACAUGUUUAUAUGGCAUUGUUAAAACAGACUAAGCUAACCAGCAAUAAUUUUAGUGCCGAUAUUGCUGAUGAAGAUUCUGCUAUGUAUCUUUUACAGUCUCAAGUUCCUGCCAUUGUUAAAGCAAUUUAUACACAAAUGAAGGAAAGAAGUGUAAAAACUCGCACUGAUUGUCUAGCUCUCUUAAAAGAACUUGUUAUUGUUCUUCCUGGUGCCUUAACUAAUCAUAUUGGAACUCUAAUCCCUGGUAUUCAAUUUUCAUUAAGUGAUAAAAAAUCAAGUAGUAAUAUGAAAAUUGAUACACUGUCAUUUAUUUAUUGUGUGCUAACCUCACAUCCACCAGAAAUUUUUCAUCCAUGGGUAGAUCAGUUAAUCCCUCCUAUUGUAACAGCUGUUGGAGAUCCAUUUUAUAAAAUAACUGCUGAAGCACUACUAGUAUUACAAGAAAUGGUGAAAGUUAUUCGUCCAUUAGAUUGUAAACAACAAUUUGAUUUUACUGUUUAUGCUGUACAGUUGUAUAAUUGUACUUACUCGCGUUUAAAAACAUCUGAUAUCGAUCAAGAAGUCAAAGAGAGAUCCAUUUCAUGUAUGGGACAGAUAAUUUGCAAUCUAGGUGAUGUAUUACAAAAUGAAUUACAAAUCUGUUUACCUAUUUUCUUGGAUCGUUUACGUAAUGAAAUCACCAGACUAACAACGGUUAAAGCAUUAAUAAAAGUAGCUGGCUCACCGUUAAAAAUUAAUUUAUCUUCUAUUUUAAAUGAUGGUGUUUUAAUUUUGGCUUCUUUUCUUCGCAAAAAUCAAAGAGCAUUAAAACUCAGUACAUUAUCUCUUCUAAAUAUGCUAUUAAAUAACUUCCAUGCUGAAUUUUCCGCUGAAUUAUUAAACAAGAUACUUGUUGAAUUGCCACAAUUGAUAAAUGAAUCAGAUUUACAUAUUGCUCAACUAACACUUUCUUUGCUUACAACUAUAAUAAAAAUUCAACCUUUGGCAAUGUCAUACUCUUCAAACAUAAUAAUGCCAGAAGUAAUGACAUUGGCUAAAUCUCCUUUGCUUCAAGGAGCAGCCUUGAAUGCAAUUUUAUCAUUCUUUCAAUCUCUGGUUGCUACAAAUGUACCCCAAUUUGGAUAUCAAGAACUAGUUACACUCUUAGUAUCACCCUUGAUGGCUCAAUCCACAGGCACACCUACUUUAACACUGCAUAAACAAGCUUAUCAUUCAUUAGCCAAAUGUGUUGCUGCUUUGACUGCUACUCAACCAACACAAGCUAUGGGAAUUAUUAAUAGUUUUAUGACUGAAUUAAUUAAUCCAUCAAAUGACCAACAGCAUAUUUUUUCACUUUUAGUUAUUGGUGAGGUUGGAAGACAUAUAGAUUUAAGUUCUGUGCCAAAUUUAAAAGAAACUAUUUUACAAUCAUUCCUAUCAAAUUCAGAAGAAAUCAAGUCUUCCGCUAGCUACAGUUUAGGAAGCAUAUCUAUUGGAAACUUAGAGCAAUAUUUACCAUUUAUACUUGAAGAAAUUGACAUGCAACCAAAACGGCAAUACUUGUUACUACAUUCUUUAAAAGAAAUAAUUACGUUCGAGUCAUCUACUCCAAAUGGCAUAGAAAAUUUAAAACCUUUUGUACCUGCUAUUUGGCAACAGUUAUUUAAACAUUGUGAAUGUACUGAAGAAGGCACACGCAAUGUCGUAGCAGAAUGUUUAGGGAAAUUAACUCUAAUUGAUCCAUACAAUCUAUUGCCUAAUUUGCAAUCAUCACUAUCUUCAUCUUCUGCACUCAUGAGAACUACUUUGCUAACUGCUGUGAAAUUCACAAUAUCAGACCAACCUCAACCUAUUGACAUGUUACUCCGGCAAAAUAUGGGCCAAUUUUUAAGUGCAUUAACCGAUCCUGAUAUAAAUGUCAGAAGAGUAACUUUGAUUGCAUUUAAUUCAGCUGCUCAUAACAAACCUUCAUUAGUCAGAGAUCUCCUUGAUACUGUUCUACCAAAACUAUAUGCUGAAACAAUUGUUAAGAAAGAAUUAAUUCGUGAAGUAGAAAUGGGUCCAUUUAAACACACUGUUGAUGACGGAUUAGACAUUAGAAAAGCUGCUUUUGAAUGCAUGUACACAUUGUUAGAUUCUUGUUUAGAUCGCUUAGACAUAUUUGAAUAUUUGAAUUAUUUGGAAAAUGGUCUUCGUGAUCAUUAUGAUAUUAAAAUGCUUACUUAUCUCAUGGUAUCAAGAAUGGCUCAAAUUGUACCAAGUGCAGUCUUGCAAAGACUUGAUAAAAUUGCUGAACCUUUAAAGCAAACUUGUAUGUUGAAAAUAAAAGCUAAUUCUGUAAAACAAGAAUUUGAAAAAAUGGAAGAGUUGAAAAGAUCAGCUAUGCGUGCUGUUGUUAAUUUACAAACAAUUCCAGAUUCUGAUAAAAAUCCACACAUGAGUGAUUUUGUAUGUCAGAUCAAAAAUUCUCCUGAAUUAAAUACAAUUUAUGAAUCUGUACAAAGAGACAGUUCUGGAAUAAUUGGAGACAAUCAUUCAAUGCCUAUGGAUGUUAGUGAAUAAAUUGUAUGUGCUCUUCUAGUGGUUUUUUUGAACCAUUAUUCUAAUUAUUUGGUAAAAUUAUUACUAUUAUGUUUAUAUGAAGUUAUAGAAACACUUGUAUAUAAAAAUUAUUGAAUUGCUGAGAUUUCAAUUCAUGUCCAUUUUCGAUGUACUAAUCUCAUUCAUAUGAAAUAAUAAUUAUUAAACAUUGAAAAAUAUAAUUUAUUAUUUUAAAAUAAAAUUCAAAAAAUACAUAUUA